AUGGACCCUCAGCAGCUGGCAAGAUUCGCGGUGCCGGCGGUUGUAACCCUGGUGGCCUUUCUAUCGUACUCGUCUCAGUACCUUUUCUACAGUCUUGAACCUGGUCCGCUUCGUUCCUGGGACAAAAUCGUUUUCAACAUGUUGGUGAUUGGCAUAUGGAUAUGUUACGCUCGGGCCUGCAUGACCAAUCCCGGACGGGUACCGGCUGGCUGGAAACCUGACGAUGAUGAAGAAACCGAAGCGGCCUCGUAUGGGAAUAGGCCCGCUUCUAGGCAUAGAUUUUGCCGCAAGUGCGAAGCCGUCAAACCGCCCAGGUCACAUCAUUGCAGAGUGUGUAAAAGAUGCAUUCCAAAGAUGGACCAUCAUUGCCCCUGGACUGUCAACUGCGUAUCUCACUUCACCCUCCCUCAUUUCAUGCGAUUUCUGUGGUAUGCAGUCUCUGCUAUGGUAUAUCUCGAGUAUCUCCUGUUCGUACGAGCUGGUGUCGUCUGGGAGAACCGCAAUUUGCCUAGUUAUUUAGGUCCUUCCGCUUCCCAGCUCGUCCAUCUUCUCAUUUUGAUCAUUGUCAACACUCUAACUCUCUUCCUCGUCUCGGUUACCUUCCUUCGCACCGUCUGGGGGCUUGGGGCUAACGUCACCACUAUCGAGAGCUGGGAAAUCGAGCGCCACGAACAGCUACUCCGUCGAGCUCGCGCUCUCGGAGGAUACUUGGACGGUCCAGACGGUAUUCGGGUCAAGAUCGUCAAACAAGAAUUUCCCUAUGACAUAGGAAUUUGGAACAAUAUCGUCCAAGGAAUGGGGACAGCAAACUUCCUGGCUUGGUUCUGGCCAUUCUCUGCAACCCCAACGUCGAGCGGCUUAGUAUUCGAAACCAACGGCUUUGAGGACCCAGGCACAACAUGGCCGCCACCAGACCCUGACCGGAUGCCCCGACUUGAACGGCCGCUUGAGUCUGCGCACAAUGCAUUUGUUCACGAUCACAAUGAGUUCUCACCAAACGAUGAGAUGGAGGCGUUCAAACGGCGACAGCAAGCUGACUUCGAACUACGCCCGGAUUAUUACGGGGUUCAGAGACGGAAACCAUUUCACGACCGGUUCGAAGAGGAGAAUCUCGAGCCCGUCGAAGACGACUAUAUUGAUCUGGAUGAUGACGAGUCUUUGAGUGGAGAGGAAGGGUGGCAAGACUCUGGAGGAAAUCGACUGAAAGAUUAUGGCGUCGACGAAGAUGUUGAGUUCUACGAUGAAGACAGUGUUCCCAUUGCAGAGCUGUUGAGCCGGCGGAGAGAAGGGCGGCAAGGCCAGACCUGA